AAACAGCAAAGAAAAACACAAGACCUCCUAUUCACCAUGCCGACCGAAGAGGGUUCCGACGGCGGUGGCGGCGCCGGAGCCGGAGCCGGGGAGAAGAAGAGCUCGCAGGCGCCCGCAAAGCCUGGAGCGUGCGGCGCCGCAAAGUUCCUCGCGGGGUUGCCGUCGCGCGGCAACUUCUCUUCCGGCUCCGCCCCCUCCAAUCUGGGAGGGUUCAGGGUUUACGUCUGCGAGCACAGCACAGAUCCCCCAGAAGGACAAGUUAUAAAGACGGAUUCAACGAAUAUUUUAAUCAGGCAUCUCCAGUUGAACAAGCAGAAGACUGAGGGCAAAGAUGUGGAUUCCAGAACUGUCGGCGAAAACAACAGAGGGAAAAGUAAAUUUUCUUUUUAUGUCACUAGAUCUGCUGCCAGAAGUUUGGAUGUCAACAAUUCAGCAAAGAAGGCUAACUUGGGUACUUCAUCUGGAUCAUCAGCCUAUGAGGAAAUUUCUGGCUUUUCACAACACACACUGCAGUCAUUUACAGUGGAGAGAUUGCGUGCACUUCUACGACAAAGUGGUCGAUCGACCAAAGGCAAAAAGGAUGAACUGAUUGCUCGCUUACGGGAGUCGCAGGGUUGACAUGAAUCUGGUACUUGUUUAGUCAAUCAAACCCCUUCAGGCAGGGUUACACGACCAAAUGAGUACCAUGCUGUACUUGUCAAUGGCUGCUCUGCCUAGAUUUAAUACAAUGUAAUGGCAUAUGUAGGUUGAGACUUUGCCGGACCUUAUUAUACUCAGAAUUUGUUAACUAGCUGUUACCUGUCAGUAGUCAUGAAUUCACUGUUUUCUCAUACCCGGUAGGUUAAAAAAUGCAGGUAUGUGAAUUCAAUUGCUAAGGUGCAUUUGCAUCUGCUCUUUUUGCUAACGGGACGUUUGGAUCCCUUCAUUUUA